AUGUCUGUGGUGUGUAUAAAUCAAUUUUAUGUGUUAUGUGUAGUGGUUGGGGUAUCUCUAACAAACAUUUUAGCAGCAGACUCCCAAUGUGCUAUCCCAGAUACGGGGAAAACCGGUUCUAAAAACUCCGUGGUGCUAUCGUUGUAUCGCUGUUCUCAAGCGACUCCAAGCAAAGAACCUGUCUGUCUAACGAUGCCAUCAAGUCAAGAUCUUUUAGAACAAGGCAAAGUGGUGGAUUUAAAACACGACGUGAAUGAUUACGCUGUCACUGCGAAAUUUUUCGGAGACGAAGUUUGCGUGGCCUACAGAGAGAUUUCGAGUAUUCGAUCAUACCGAAAUGGUUAUAAAUAUAACCGAACAAACGAAUGCACUUCGGAGUGUUUUAAAGACAGCGAGUCUGAGACUUAUGAAACGGAGUUGAUUUGUAACCCACGUAGAUGUAGCGGUGGCUGGAAAAAGUUCAGAUUUGUUGUUGUCACUGAAUCUGGAAGCGAAUCUACCGUAAUGUCGUUUCUCGUUUUAACCAUUUGUGGAGUCUUGUCCUUUGGUUUCGCAUCGUAA